AUGGAGUUCAAGAACUGCGGGUCGUCGUCGCAGCGCCGGCCGGCGAUGGUGGUGGACGAGGGGGCGCUGUUGGCGAGGCAGGGGUCAGUCUACUCGUUGACGUUCGACGAAUUCCAGAGCGCGCUCGGCGGCGGGGCCGCCGCCGGCGGUGGCGUCCCCAAGGAUUUCGGCUCCAUGAACAUGGACGAGCUGCUCCGGAGCAUCUGGACCGCGGAGGAGACCCAGGCCAUGGCCUCCGCCUCUGCCGCAGGAGCGGGCGCGGGGAUGCCGCCCACGCCGCUGCAGCGGCAGGGAUCGUCGCUCACACUGCCCCGCACGCUCAGCGCCAAGACGGUCGGCGAGGUGUGGCGCAACCUCGUGCGCGACGAGCCUCCGCAGGCGCAGGGGGCGGACGGCGGCGGACACCAGCAGCACCACCGCCAGUCGACGCUCGGGGAGAUGACUCUGGAGGAGUUCUUGGUCAGAGCUGGCGUGGUCAGGGAGAACCCCGCUCCAGCUCCUCCAGCGCCACCACCCAUGACCAUGAUGCCGCCGCGGCCGGUACCUGUUGCCCCUAAAAGCUCCGCCUUUUUCGGGAAUUUACCGGGUGCCGACGACGCCGCAGCUGCGGCAGCGCUGGGGUUUGCACCGGUCGGCAUGGGAGAUCUGGCACUGAUACCGCCCAGGGCGGCGGCAGGCAUGGGAGGCAGCGCCAUGGCUGUGCAAACAGAGGUGAAUCAGCAGCUUGAUUCUGGCGGGAAGGGGUACAGCGACCUGUCGUCGCCAACGGAGCCGCUGCCUUUUUCGUUCGAAGGGAUGAUUCGGGGGAGAAGGCAUGGAGGCGGCGUGGAGAAAGUGGUGCAGAGGCGGCAGAGGAGGAUGAUCAAGAACAGGGAGUCCGCCGCGAGGUCCCGAGCGCGCAAACAGGCUUAUACAAUGGAGUUAGAAGCUGAAGUUCAGAAACUCAAGGAGCAGAAUCAGGAACUGGAGAGGAAACAGGCAGAGAUUAUGGAAAUGCAGAAAAACGAGGCACCAGAAAUGUUGAAGGGUCCAUUUGGACAGAAGAAACGGCUGUGCUUGCGAAGAACACUGACUGGCCCUUGGUGA